AUGGCGACAAAAGGUGCAACAAAAUUCCGACUGUCAAACUUAAAGGCUAUGCUGAAAAAGAACCCGUCAGAAAGGGCAGAGCUUUCCCUAACCAGUCGCAACUUGAGACAAAUUCCACACGAUGUCUUCACAUUGGACGGGGUAGAAAUUCUACUUGUAAACUCCAACCAACUGGAGAGGAUCCCUCCCAACAUCGCUCACAUGAGCCAGCUACAAGUUCUAGACGCUUCCAGAAAUAACAUAACACUGGUUAGUGAAAAUAUUGCACAGUGCGCCAGGCUACAGGAGUUAAAUCUGUCAUACAACAGGCUGUCGGAUCUCCCACGGGAGCUUUCCAGACUCAGAAAAUUUUGCAAGUUGUACUUGAAGGGAAAUGAGAUCACCAGUAUCCCGCCUGUGGUGCCGACGUUGACUCCUUUGACGCAUCUGGACUUGGCCGCUAACCGCCUCAGCAUCUUACCUACUAGCUUCAAGAAUCUGAAAAGACUGAAAGUUCUUGAUCUCAGCAGUAAUAAUUUUGAGCAGAUCCCAGCACCAGUUGUAGGAAUGAACAGUCUGGAGAGAUUGGAUAUGGGGUUCAACAAGAUCGGCCGUAGGCAAGACCGCACCACGGGCACUACUAAGGGACUGAAAAAGUUGAAAGUUUUAAGUCUCCGCGGAAACAGCAAUCUGACUGCCAUUCCGUUCAUAGAAUAUUUGAGCAAGCUGGACAGCAUCGAAGAGAUCGACGUCAGUGACUGCUCCUUGAAAGUUCUCAAUCCAAAAGUGGGAGCCAUGAAGGGACUGAGGAGUUUGCGGUUGGCCAGGAACGGACUACGGGUCCUGCCCGACGAAAUCUGCUCGUUGGAGAACCUUCAGACUCUUGACGUGGAGCAGAACAAACUGGAGCAGCUCCCCGCUUCCAUGUACAUGCUACGGGAACUACAGAGUAAGCACAAGGUUGGGGAGACCAAGAACGGACUGAUUCUAGACGGGAACCCCAUGUGGUCUCCCCCUCCCCACAUCAUAGCUCAAGGUCAUCCAGAGGUCAUCUCAGCUGUACUGCUUGAAGACGCCGGCAUGCUGGAAGACGUGGUCGCCGAGGAGGCGUUUACAGGGGUCUGUAAUGCCGUCGUGGACGAGUGUCUGGCCGCGGUGACAAAAAGAGGCGGUGCCCUAACCGCGAUGAAAUGGCUUUCCACAACCACAGCUACUCUGCCGGCGUUACCCAACAAGCCGUCCAAGCCCAAGAAGCUAAGGUUCGACACGGAAGACGCCUUGGUAGAUGAUGCCCUGAGGAGGUGUAUGAAUGAGUGUGUGGACAUCGUGUUCUCCCAGGUUAUGUCUCUGGUGUCCAACGAGAAUGUGGUGGACAUGGUGGAGGAGCGCGUCAUCGACUGGCUCAUAAAGGACGCCAUACAGCAGGUGAGAGAAGACCUGAGAAUGAUGGAAACAGUAGAAGACAUCGUGAGGGAAGUUGUGGGGUUGGAUGCCCGCUGGUGCCUGGCGGAGGCGGUAGAAGAACACAUCAGAGCGGUUCUGGGACUCGGGGAGGCGUCGACUCUGGACCAGUAUGGCGAGAAGAGGUGCGAAUGUGUCUCGGAGACGGACCUUCAGCUUCCGGGCGGCGCCCUCCUGAAGGUACCCGACAAGGCGUUAAACAAGGACGUCACCGUCAGCUGCUGUGUCCUGAACCCUGUCACGUACGGACAGGGCCUGCCAUUGGUCCCCGGGGAAACGUUAGUCUCUGACGUCAUCAACAUCAAGCCGCAUUCUACACAGCUACAGAAACACGCCAUGCUCAAGAUCCCACAUGCGGUCUCCCCAUAUGACGACGACCGUGAAUUUGUGCUGAAGUUCUCCCGAAACGGCUCAAACUGGAGAACAGUGUUCGCCGAGGACGACGAAGGCGUACGGGGCCAAGCCGUGUACCGAGUGGACCGCCUGGGUACGUUUGCCGUGGUGUCGCGGGCGAGAACGUACGAACACUGGAUGAAGGCGGGGCAGCAGGAGGUUCACAUGGGCAGGACGGGGGCCGCGGGGGUGGAGGUUCAUCUGCCGGCAGACCCGAUCGCCAGACCACGGGGAAUGAACUUCCAGGUGCUGACCGUUGACGCUAGCUGCAUCUGCCGUGUCAAUCAGCGGGGAUCCACCCCUCGUGGGCAGGCGUCAUCACUUCUAGCUGCUAGCCACAUCUUCAACUUGACCUCAAGGCUCAUUCCACUGAAGAACUACGCCCAGCUCGUGUUACCGCUGGCACUGUCGUCAGAAAAUGACGUCACGUCACCACGAAGCCAGUCGUUUACGUCCGAUGACGACAGCAUCCUGACCAUCGAUGACGUCACCAUGACCACAGUAGAAGACCUCUCCAGGGAGAAGGUGCACGUCGUGGGGUUCUCGCAUGCGCACAACAAGUGGGAGGAUGUGACGCCGAAGGUCAAGUCAGUGACCUUGGAGGGGCGGAGUGUCUCCUUCCGCACCAAGGAGCUGCAAAGUUACGCUGUCCUCUGCUAUUCGCCCAAGGAGGAAGUCAGGAUUGACCCAACGGUGAAGUCUUUAUCCAGAAACAUGACGACAACACAAGUGAACGUCCUGGUCUUCAAAAGAUGGGCGAACCACAAUAAUGACUAUUUAUACGAUGCCAGCCCCACUCGCCAGGUGGCGCACCGCGAGAGUGAAGGCAGCGCCAGACGAGUUGACCUCCGCGUCGAACUUGCAUCCAGGGAAACGCGCGGAUUCGUGGGGCUUGAGGCGAAGAUGGAAGGGUUUGAACCACAAGAUGGGGCGUCACGAGAAGACGUGCUCCUGAAAGAAGGACAGGACCUUCACCUGAGACUGAACAACGUCUUGGAAUGUGACGCGUACAAGGACUACGUCAACUUUCACGUUUAUGUCAGAAAACGCAACAGACUGUCCUUGACGGUAGAGUUCAUGGAUUUCAGCGAGACUGGGUCCAUGGAGGUGUGCACGGGACACCUUGGUGAGGGCAAGAAAGGGGUGACAAAAACCCCCAAGGUGCUGUUCGAAGUGCCUAUUACUUGCCCCGGGGUGGGGAGGAAGACCUCCAGAUUAACUGUUCACAAGUUCGUGGCAUCUAACACUGUCACCAUGGGGGACACGGAAGGUGACGCAAUCCAGAUAGGAAAGCCAUUUUGGUUCCACAACCUGAAAACCAUGCUGAAGAAGGACCCGUCCAACAGGACUCAGCUGUCACUAGCCAACAAGAGUCUCAAGUUCAUACCUCACGACGUCUUCAGCUUGGAGGAGGUGGAAGUCUUAUCUCUAGAGUCCAACUAUCUAGAGAGGAUCCCUCCCAACAUUUCAAUGUUAUCUCAAUUAGAAAUCCUGAACGCUGGACACAACAGGAUUACGUUAGUAAGCGAACUGAUAGGAGACUGUUCUAGGCUUGUGCUUCUAGAUCUGGCUAAUAACAAGCUGAAAGUUCUGCCAAAAGAGCUCGGCAAGCUGAAGAAGCUACAAGACUUUUCCCUCCGGGGGAACAACAUAAAGACCUUUCCUUCGGUUAUCACGAUGUUGACGUCGCUCAUACACUUGGACAUGGCCGGAAAUCGCCUCUCGGUAUUACCGAACGUCUUCAAAGACCUGAGACGUCUCAAGACUUUGGAUCUCAGUAAUAACGACUUUGAACUUGUGCCUUCCGUCGUUGUCGGGUUGAACGAGUUGGAAACGUUAAACCUGAGUUAUAACAAAAUCGGUCGGGUCAAACAGCUCACAACCGGAGUGCGCAAAAGCCUGAAGAAACUGAGGAUUUUGUCUCUUCGCGGAAACGAGUUCCUUACAGAUCUACCUAUGCCUGACUUCAUGUGUACUCUUGACAUUGAGGACCUGGAUAUGAGCAGGUGCAGCCUCUACAGUCUGACGGAGGAGAUUGGGCAAAUGGCGCAGCUCAGGUGCCUGCGGUUGGCCAAGAAUAAGCUACAGACUUUGCCAGAAUCUAUCGGUGAACUGAAGAUGCUACAGACGCUUGACGUGGAGGAAAACAGCAUGAAAAAGCUGCCCACGUCGCUGUAUCAAAUGCGUGGACUGCAGAGGAAACAUGUGUCAGGUGGGGUUAAGUACGGACUGAUCGCCGAGAACAACCCCAUGCGGUCCCCCCGCCCUCUCACGCUCGCACAGGGCAACCCCAGGGUCAUCUCGGCGGUCGUCCUCAAAGACGCCGGGAAGUUAGAAGACGUGGUGGUGGACAAGACGCUGCGGAUUCUGUGUAACUCCAUCCUGAACGAGUGUUGGGCCACGCUGACGAUCAAGUGGCAUGUUCCACCGGUGGUGACGAUGCCGACGCUGUACCACGCGGAGCGGAGCCGGCCAAACCUGACCAGACUGGCCGACGACUUUCCGUGGCGGGUCCGGCCCCACCCCGAGGAAAUGCUCUCCCUCACGACCUACGCCGUACAGAAGUGUCUCUUCCAAACUGUGGACUUCUUGAUAGAGGAAGGGUUAUUGGAGGAAAUCCCGGAGUACGUAACCAAUGGGCAGCUGAUGGAAUCUGUGGUGGAAUGGAUGCUGGAAGAAGCCAUCGACGAGGUGAAGGAUGACAUGAAGAUAAUGGAUAACGUGGAGGACCUGGUGGAGUUGACGGUAGACAUGGAGGUCAGACUGUGUCUGUGGGAGGAGUUAGAGGACAGGAUCGGGGAGGUCGUGGGGCUGGGCGGGGCCAUCACGUAUCUCCAUGGUUACGGCGUAGAGAGCAGCUACGAGGUGGAUUCGGCGGGCGCAGAGCUGACUCUGCCCGGCAGGUGCCUGCUGUCCAUUCCGGAGAAGGCGUUCCGCAGCAGCCUCCUGGUCACGUGCCAGGUCCUAGACCCGACCACCUACCCACGACGUCUGCCAUUGGCUGCCGGGGAGAUCCUGGUCUCUGACGUCAUAGAAAUCAAGCCUGUCACCCAUCUACAGAAACACGCCAUCCUUCAGAUUCCUCACUCUGUUUCUGCCGAUGAUGACGAGCGUGAGGUCGUCAUUAAAGCGACCCGCGGGAAGGGAAACUGGCAAGAUUUGUCCGCACAGGACGACGAACUGGGCCGUGCGGCUGUCGGCAUAGAUCGGCUGGCCACGUUUAUCGUCGUGUCUCGGCCGAAGACGUACGAACACUGGCUGAAGGCGGGGCAGGAGGAGACGUGUCUGGAGACGUCCCGGGGGAACGGCGUGCAGCUCCACCUGCCGCAGGACCCUCUGCACAGGCCCAAGGCCGUCAAAUUCCAGGUUCUCCCGUUCCACGGCUCGUGUCUGACCCGGGCCAUCCACACCACCACCCGCAUGUCCCCGCGGGAACACGCCCUCCCCCUCAUCGCCGCCAGCCAUGUCAUCAGCAUCACCUCCAGACUCACCCAGCUCAGGGACUUUGCUCAAAUUUCCCUGCCCCUGGUGUUCCCGUCUGAGAACGACGAACCCUCCCCGAGAAACGCUGCGGCCCAUCGCGACAUCGUCUUCUCGAUGGACGACGCGAACGUGAGGAACGUGAUCGACACGACUCAGGUCCACAUCGUGGGCUACUCCAACUCCUACAACAAGUGGGAAGACAUGACGUCACGUGUCAGGGGCGUGACGGUGCGUGGCCACAGCGAGAGCGUGUCCUUCCGCACCAAGGAGCUGCAAAGCUACGUAGCGCUGUGCUGCCCGCCAGGCCUUGACCUGAACGUACACGGCACCGUGAUGUCCAUCAUCCACAACAUGGCGAGAAAACACGUCAGUCUCCUGGCUUUCAAAAGGUGGUCGACCCAUGAAGUCGUCCUGUCGCACAGCAGUCCCAUUUCCGGCCGCCAGGGGUCGUCGAGCCAGGCCCAAGUCGUCGCCAAUCUGCUCGAGAUGCGUCUAGAACUCAUCACGCCGGGUACGGAAGACUUUGUCACCAAGCAGGCGAGACUUGAAGGGUUCCAACCUCAGGAAGGAGUCACAGAAGAGGACAUCGUCAUCAAGGAGGGACAGAAACUACAUCUCAGGCUGCACAACGUCGUGGAAGCAACUUCUUGUGUGUACAAGACCAAUGUAGACUUUUGUGUCCACAUUAGAAGACGAAACAGACUUUCUUUGUUGCUAGAAUUUCAGAGCUUAAACGAGAACGGUGAGAUAGAAAUGUGUGUGGGGCAUCACUUGUUGCAAGGGAAGGACAUACCGAGAGUUUUGGUGAAGGUGCCAGUGAGUCCUCCCAGAAACAUUAUGCCUGAAGAGGACGACUUCAUCUCAGAUUCAGAUUCUCAGUCGUCAGAACUUGAAGCACUGAUGUCAGUGCUGGACUUAAGCUUGGCAGAGGAAUCUGUAUAACUCGAAUCGAACAAUUGCGCAGUAGAAACAUGUUUAUUAAAGAAUACACCUA